GAAGUUGUGACGCCAUGUAUGAGGAAGAUGGCUAGUGUGUGUUUCAUUACGGUGAGCCCCUGGUGAAAUUGAAGAGGGAACAGGAGAGAUAGUCGAGAAGAGGAAGAAGGGAAUAGGUGGCUGUAGAGGUGGACGGAAAGGGCCGACAGAAGAGUGGAGGGCAGAUAAAAGGCGAGCUGCUAAGGUGUUUUCUGAAGGGACCGUAGGUAGCUACGCCGGGCAGACUGCUCCCCAUCACCGGUCACCCUUUACCGGCACAUACACGAAUUGCUCUGGAGCCAAAAGAGUUUAGAUUUUUUUAUUUAUCUUUGAAAACCCGGAGUAGAGGAGGUGCCACAGUGGUGGUGGAGGUGUUGUCGCCGGCAAUCAGACUCUAACAGAGCCCCCGGGUUACGUGCGACCCCGUAUUCCCGGGACCAAGGAAAGGGACACCCGGUGGAGUCCCUGAAGGAGCCCCGGAGUGGAGAACAGCGGCGGAGAUAGGUGGCCUGGGAGUGUAGCUGCCUAGCUAUCUAGCUAGCUUUUGGGUGAGGUAGCAUGUCCUGUUGCUCAGACAUUGAGGAUGACAGCUCUGUCGCCAUGAACACGGAAGAGUGCGGGGCCAGACCAGGGCAGGCCCCUGUGGGAUGGGAACAGGGGGACCUCGUGUCUGGGAUGGAUGGCGGAGCACGGGACAGCGAGAGGAUGGAGGAGACCGGGAGGGUGAUGGUCAAGCUGCCAGAGGAGGUGCUGGAGUACAUUCUGUCCUUCCUGUCUCCCUACCAGGAGCACAAGACAGCCGCCCUCGUCUGCAAACAGUGGUACAGACUCAUCAAAGGUGUUGCAUACCAGUGUUACCACGGCUUCCUGCGAGCUGUCCAGGAUGGCUGUAUCCAUUGGGAGACUCGCACCUUCCCUGGGACGGCCAUCACGCAGCGCUUUUCUCACAGCGCGUGCUACUACGACUUGAACCAGUCCAUGUACGUGUUUGGUGGCUGCACCCAGAGCAGCUGCAACUCCGCAUUCAAUGACGUGUGGAGGCUUGACCUUAACAAAAAGGAGUGGAUACGGCCCCAGGCUUUAGGCUCCUAUCCUUCUCCAAAAGCUGGGGCCACCCUUGUGAUGUAUAAAGAUCUGCUAGUUCUUUUUGGGGGCUGGACCCGACCCAGUCCGUACCCACUUCACCAGCCGGAGAGGUUCUUCGACGAAAUCCACACCUACUCCCCCUCUAAGGACUGGUGGAACUGCAUCGUGACGAGUCACGGCCCCCCCCCGAUGGCGGGACACUCCUCCUCAGUCAUCGGCAGCAGGAUGGUGGUGUUCGGGGGCUCCCUUGGGGCUCGCCAGAUGAGUAAUGAGGUCUGGAUCCUGGAUCUCGAGCAGUGGUCCUGGUUCAAGCCGUCCAUCUCUGGUCCCGCGCCGCACCCCCGGGGGGGACAAUCUCAGAUUGUGGUUGAUGAUGAGACACUGUUGAUUCUGGGUGGUUGCGGAGGUCCCAAUACGCUGCUUAAGGACGCCUGGCUCUUGCGCAUGGGCGCCUCCCCCUGGAAGUGGCAGCAACUGCGGGUUGAAAAUGACGACCACGGUGCUCCAGAGCUCUGGUGCCACCCAGCCUGCAAGGUGGGCCAGUGUGUGGUGGUCUUCUCCCAAGCCCCCAGUGGGCGCGCCUCGUUGAGCCCCAGUCUGAACUCCCGCCCCUCCCCUGUCAGCACGACGUCGCCCCCCCUGGGCCCCGACUCUCCCUCCCUGCGCUCUCAGUCGCCCGUGCGCAGCGGCGGGGCAGGUGUGGUACCGGGCACUGCUGAUGACGUGCCCUGCGUGAAUGGUCGCUGGGGCGUGCUCCGGCUGCGACCCGCCACCAGGGGGGGUGCCAGAGAUGGCAGUCCCUCCCCAUCCCAGCAGCUGUCCCCCUCGCGUGGCCCCGACAGUCCCCCCCUGCUCCAUCUGCUCAAUGGCUUCUCCCAAUCUCCCCGUACCAGCCCCGCCCAGAUAUCCUCCCCGCCCUAUCGCACGCAUUCCCACGCCCCCCCUGACUGUAGCUGGGAUUGCCCUGCACCCCCUGCCUGUGCCUCUGAGCAUGGCCAUAUCAAUGGCUUCCACACCCCCCCUGACUCUCCCCACACGCCUCCGGGAGCCGUGUCGCCCGGGGCCUUGCGGCGCGGCCUGGAGGCCAUCAAGGCCCUUAACUCUGCGCCUUCUUCCCUGCCUCAGUCCCAAUCCAGCGGGGGUAGGAGCUCUUCCAGCACGCCCCCUUCCUCCUCAUCCUCCAGCCCGCCGCAGGGCGCUGGGGCGGACGGCCACUCCAUCCCCCCAAUCGCACGCCGCCUGGGUCACCACCCUCCCCAGAGCCUGAAUGUGGGCAAACCCCUUUACCAAUCUCUGAACUGCAAGCCCAUGCAGAUGUACGUCCUGGACGUGUCACGGGCCAAGGAGGAUGGUCUGGUCUCCUGGAAGGUGUUCGGCGGUGGCGGGGGCAUGGCCGUGGUGGGGCCCCCGGAGACCAGCCUCCACACGGUGGUCCAGGGCCGGGGGGAGCUCAUCAUAUUCGGAGGUCUGAUGGACAAGAAGCAAAACGUGAAAUACUACAAGUGCAAUGCCUUGUACUUCGUACGUGCAAAGAGAUAGGAAUGCCGGGGAGGGGGCAGACAAUCGGGACAGUGGUCUCGCUUUGCCUGGGCCUCCGCUAUGCUGCUGCCCUAGAACAGGGCAUCUUUGCCGGGUUUUCCCUCAUCCUAUAUAUGAACCCUCCCCAAAGCCCAAGCCUUUAUAUCUGCAGCACCUUUUCCCAUAGUAUUGUAACAUAUAGAGCAAAGAAAAAACAACCCACAAACCUGCUGGAUUUGCUCCCAGUGUGUUCUGGUUAUGACUGUUACAAUACCAGUACUAAUUAGUGAUUUGCCCCCAUCCUGUGAGAAAGUAACCCCAAAAUUAUCUUUCUCUUCAUACCGGAAUGCAGAGAAACUCUGGAAUCCAUGAAAGAGAUGUGGGAUUAGAGGAUAAAUGCUAUGUGUUUUUUUUAUGAUUUUGUUUGUUUUGUUUGGGGAAAAAAAAACACUUUGAAAGUGUACUGUUUACAUUGAGGAGUGAGUGAGUGAGUGAGAAGAGUGAGUGAGUGAGUGAAAGAGUGAGAGAAAGAGAGAGAAAGUGAAUGAAUGAAUGAAUGUCAGUCAGCCUGUCUGAUGUGGGUUUAUAAUUCGUCCCGAGGGCAUGUGGGAAGAGUGUCAUUCUGUACUAUAACAGAAGGGAGAAUUUUUCCCUUAAGCAUACAAGGGAAAUUGGAAUGAAGGCAUUUGUGUCAACUUGUUUUUAAAACAAAAAAUAAAAGUGAGAUUUUGAGUUAGUGA